AAACCUGCCUAUCUAUAGAGAGAGCUUAUUCCUAACCAAAUAUAAAAAUAUUCCGAAACACUGAAGCCCAGUGCUAUCAAAAAGAGAUCUGAAAAUAGAUCAGUCCCGACUUCCAGGUUUUUUUUCUGUAUAUUUUGGCCUGAAGAUAAAUGAUUAUUUCCAGUUCCUGUUUGUCCAAUUCCGAAGCAAAAAAAAAAUCCCCCCCUUGGAGGACUCUACCGAGUCCUCUCCUCACUCGCCUCCCAACCGGAAGUGGCCUAUGUAACUCUGACUCUUUUGUCUCCGGAUAUAGAAGGAGGAACUUCCGCCUCGUUCCUUUUUACUUUCUUUCGUUCUCUCUCCCCGGCUCGCCGGCCGUUGAUUGCAGCAACAAGGAAUCAAGAUGGCGACGGCGGGCGGAGAUUGCGACGUGAUUAUGGCGCCCGCGGCACCCCCAGCGGUAGCUUCACAUUCCGCGAUGCCGCUGAUGUUGAGCGAGGAGGACGAGGGGACGCGCAGAGAAGCAGAGUCCUUCAAGGAGCAGGGAAAUGCAUUUUAUGCCAAAAAGGACUACAACGAAGCAUACAAUUACUAUACAAAAGCAAUAGAUACAUGUCCCAGCAAUGCCAGUUAUUAUGGAAACCGUGCUGCCACUCUCAUGAUGUUAGGCAAAUUUCGGGAGGCCCUGGGGGAUGCUCAGCAAUCAGUCAGAAUGGACGAUAGCUUUCUGAGGGGACAUUUAAGGGAAGGAAAAUGCCAUCUAUCUCUGGGGAAUGCCAUGGCUGCCAGUCGCUGCUUCCAACGAGUUAAAGAAUUGGAUGAUAAAAAUGCACAGGCAGAGCAAGAGCUGAAGAGUGCCAAAGCUGUUCUAGAUUAUGAGAAAAUUGCUGAAGUUGACUUUGAAAAACGGGACUUCCGAAAGGUUGUCUUUUGUAUGGAUCGUGCUCUAGAAUUUGCCCCUGCCUGUCACCGGUUCAAAAUCCUCAAAGCAGAAUGUUUAGCUUUGCUAGGUCGCUAUUCUGAAGCCCAGUCUGUUAUAAGUGACAUCUUGCGAAUAGAUGCAACAAAUGCUGAUGCUCUCUAUGUCCGAGGACUUUGCCUUUACUAUGAGGACUGCAUCGAGAAGGCUGUGCAGUUCUUCGUCCAGGCACUAAAAAUGGCUCCUGACCACGAUAAAGCCUGCCUUGCCUGCCGUCUUGGAAAGCUAUGCGAAGCAAUAGGAGACUGUACAAGUGCUAUCAAGCUGGACGACACAUACAUCAAGGCCUAUCUAAGAAGAGCACAGUGCUACAUGGACACAGAGCAGUAUGAAGAUGCUGUGAGAGAUUAUGAAAAGGUUUACCAGACAGAGAAAACUAAAGAACACAAACAGCUACUCAAGAAUGCACAGAUGGAAUUGAAAAAGAGUAAGAGGAAAGAUUACUACAAGAUCCUGGGUGUGGAUAAGAAUGCAUCUGAAGAUGAAAUUAAAAAAGCAUACCGGAAACGGGCCCUAAUGCAUCACCCAGAUCGGCAUAGUGGAGCAAGUGCUGAAAUCCAAAAAGAGGAAGAAAAGAAAUUUAAAGAAGUUGGUGAAGCCUUUACCAUUCUCUCUGAUCCAAAGAAAAAGGCCCGCUAUGACAGUGGCCAGGAUCUAGAGGAAGAUGGCAUGAAUAUGGGAGAUUUUGAUGCUAAUAAUAUCUUCAAAGCUUUCUUUGGAACACCUGGAAGUUUUAGUUUUGAAGCUUCUGGACCUGGGAAUUUCUUUUUCCAGUUUGGCUAAACUGAGGAACAGAUCCAUUUCAUCCACUGAAAUCCACAGUUUCCCUGACCUGCUUCAUUUAAUUUCAAGUUUCAUCUUCCCUUCAUUGCAUCUCAGCAUUUCUUAGGGCUGUGGCAUUUUUUCUGUUGGAAACAUCAAUUUUUUGUGUGUGUGCUUUAGAGUGUGAUGAGAAAACCAGCAUUUGAAGGGAAGGGAACUAUUAAGAAAUACACAUUUUUGUUUAUUUUGUUGUUAAUUUUAUAUAAAAGAGAGUAAGAAAGAAACAUCUGUAGAUUUCUCCAUUAAGUAAUUUAAGAUUCCUAAGCUGCUGGGACUUCAUUCAGGGAAUCCUUACAUUUUAAAAACUGGAUAUGCCAUGCUUUUAUUGGGUUCACAAUGUGGGGAAAGUGAAAUGAGUUUUGCUUUUUUUACUUUGGUCUUAUUGUACUGACUGUAGCCAUAUUGAAACCUUAUUUCCAGAAACAUUUCAGACACUUGAGAAAUACAAAGAAGUUUUACUGCAUUAUUCCCUGACUCAUUUUUGGAAUAAGGGUUGCCUCUUCUCAGCACUUUCUCUUAAUAUUCCCAGAGUCUCUUUCUUUGAGGAACACUUUAUGUUUCCAAUUGCUUGAGUGCUUCAGGAAAAUGGUAAGGGCUGAUUUCUUGCAUGGACAUCCCAUUUUGAUGGUGGCUUCCAGAUCAACAUGUACACUUGAUUUCAUUGAAAAGCGCAUAAAGUCUGAAGUGAUUGUCAAGUGUUAUGAAGGGUGUGUGUGUGUGCGCGUCUGUGUGUUAUUAGAUCUCCAGUGCAUAUUUCACAUUUCCACAUCAACAUGUGAUGUCAUGGUUCUUACUUGCAUGUUCAAGUCCACUGUAAGUGUUGGAAUCUCUUAAAAUUAAUUGGAAUUUCAGAAACCAUUUUUGAUGUUGAGAAGAUUUUUCAAAAUUCACCAACAAUGUGUUGAAAGUUUAAAAGAAGAAAUUCAGCAUUAUUUGAGGGGAGGGAACUCUUAUUGGUAGCUAACCACACUGAAGUUCCUGAUAUCUUUUUACGUUUUGCUCAAUAUUUGUACCAUAUUGACAAAUAUUAAUCCAUAAUAUCAUUUCAGCUGUGGACAAUUAGCUCAUUCCUUUUUCCACAGUAGUAAAAAUCAUAAGUAGACUAUCAUUUCUAACAAUAUUGAACCACUUUAUAUUAGGUGCAGUUUUCACCAUUAACUGAAACUCCUCCUUGUAGUCUCUUAGUUUUCCUCAAUUCAGACCAUAUUGGGAGAUGAGGGAAUCUGAAAUCUCAGUGUAUCUAGCGAAUAUCAAAUUGGGAAAGGUUAGCCUGGAAGAUCAAUACUCUGAUGAAUUCAAUAUAAGAAAUGAGUGAUGUUUAUGUUGCAAACAUUAUAGCAGCUUUUCUAUUUUAUGAGGCUAGGGAAAAGGUAAUCAUUUCAAAAAUGUAAUCAUUUUUAAACUAUUCUUAUGCAGUGCUUGGACUUCUGCUCAAUGAAAUGUUAUAUAUUGGUCCAAUAUGAAACAUUAUUUCAAGAGAGGCUCAGAUUAUGUCCUGGGAAUAAUCCUCUAUUUUUCAAACUUUUCAGUUAAUGGGUUCUGACAAACUUUAGAAAUAGCAGUAAAUUAGAUUUUGUCUGCAUCAUUUCCUUUAAUAGUUCCAUAACAAGAUAUCAAAGAAAUGCAGUCUAUUGAGAAAUGGCCAGGAAUUAAAUGAGAAGCUAAAGAGGGAAGAGAAUAAACUCAGGAUCUUGACCUCAGUCAAGAUUGCAUGCCUAUUCCUGGCCAGCAAAUGGUAAAUACUGAAUUGUUCAGGAUUUCAUUGGGUACUCAAUUUCUGUUGGUAGAAUUUAUUGUAUUUGGUUAAAGGCAUAUAUUUAAAUGAGUUAUUUGGUGGAAUUGUAUCCAUUCUCAAUUAAGAGUUAUGAUAAACAGGAUAAUCAGAAACUGGCACAAAAAGCUAUGCAAUCAACGAUCUCCCUCUUCAUCACUUUAUAUGGAAAGAAAUUAAAACAACAGUAUAUCAUCUUCAGACUGAGGUGUCAAGAAUCAAUCCUGGCAUCCUGUGAAUUUUCUAUUUUUUAAGAUGUUCUGGCUCUGCAAUAAUUUUACUUUAAAACUUCACACAGAAAUAUAAGAAUAUUAAAAGUUUCCGUGGAUGGCAGCCAGAUUUUCUGAUCAUCUCUACACAGCUGGUAGUAGUAAUAAGAUUUUUUUGUGGGGCGGUGGCGGGGGGGGGUGUCAGAUCCAAAGGUCAAUGAGAAAUGGUUCCUGGAUCUUAAAACCGAUUGCAACCUAAAAAGUGAUGAAUGCUGUAUUACUUUGCCUUUCUAAUCUGUUUUUUAUUAUCUACAAUUCUCAUUGCAGUCUUUAAGGAUGUUCUGAUACAACGUUUGCAUUAUAUAUUAGGCCAUCUAUAACCUGAUUUAGAAAUUCUCCACCCUAGUAAUAAUCAUUUUAUAAUUUGAAUUUGGUUCUUAGCUCUCAAAUUUUGUUUUCAUUUUUUAAUUAGCCAAGCUAUAUUUAAGAGGUACCAAAAACUAUGUGUGACUGAUAAAGGAUUAAUUAUCUAUCUGGCUGAGGCUUGGAGUAUACCUAUAAAGAUAUACAUUGUCAGAAUGUUGUAGUGAUAAUAAGGUGAAAUGAUACAUUGCCUUUUUGAUAUUACCCUUAUAGGAACUUCCUGAGAAUAAAGAACAGAUAUAGAGAGGGUCUCGAACAUUUUUUUUACUGCUAGUUAGGUUGCCACAGGAGGAAGGCAUAUAUUGCUGGUAAUGUUAAGUAAUAUCACUUAACCACUUAAAAGUACCACUUUUCCCCAUAAUAUGUGUACACAAAAUCUAUAAGCAGGGAAUUAAGAGCCAAAACUUUCUCAUGUAGCAAUGCAUGAGACAAUUUCUUUGGUGAUGUAGAUCUAAAAGCAGCAUAUUUUAGGGAAAGUUGCCAUUUUUGCCUAUUUUCCUGUACACUUGAACAGGUGUUCUUGCAUGCAUUGUAGCCUCUUUGCUGUACAAAUACAUUUACAAGGAAUGCCUGAACAGAAGACAGGUAGGCUAAUGUUCAAGCCACCUGAAGAAAGGCUUGUUUGGAUAGGAAUAGAUAGCAUACCAUUCUAGACUUCUUAAAAAUACAUCAGUUGCAUGUUCUGUUUUUAAAAUAGCAUCCUGUCCCCUUUACUCUCUCCUGUGGAUAAUUUCAGACACAUGGAUAGCCAUACUGCAACCUUUUCACUUAUCAAAGAUGAAGAUUAUUUAAACAAAAAGUGGCGACUGUUCAUUAAGCAGGAUUCCUGAUGUGUUUAUAUGCAGAAUUUUGAACCAGACUGAAGCAAACCCAUAUGCAAUUGAUAUUAAUUUUAUUAUAAAAUGUAUAUGAUGUACAAAAAAUAAACACUCCGGAUCUCAUUGGUGACUUAUGCUUCUUUAAACUGAGUAGACACUGCUGAGACUGUGAGUGUGGUGACAUGAUGCUGGAUUGAAUAAUUGGGGGUUGGGGGAAUCCCAAAAAUCUGUGGUGGUUAAUGUUAAAAUUGUAGUAGCUUUUUUUGUUUAGUUAUUUGUUUGUUUUUUACAGUAAGAAAAGUAGACAGGAAGACUACCAAUGCUAAAAUUGAGAAAAGAUCCAGAGGUUUUGAUUAUGUAUUAGCACUGUUCAAUUUCUUUUUUAAAAAGUGCUUCACAAACACAGGUCUGUAUUUGAAUUACUUCUCUUGGAAUCCUUAAAGGAGCCAUGCCUUCUUGCCUCAUAUAGCUGCUGUAGAAGUGCUCUGGCUCUCUUCCUGUGGAUGGCUGCUUCACUACGGGGUCAUCCGGAGACUCAAGGAGCACUUCCAAAGCAGCAUCCAUGAGAAUCUUUCAUAAGAAGAAAUGACUCGUAAACUACAGUUAACAUCUGUACCCAAUUUAAUUCCUUCCCCUAUAAACCUAUGAAAAGUCCAAUCUCUUCUCUGCAAAUAAUCUGAAACUUCAGGUAGCAAAGGCUUGAAUAAAGAGUCCCAUAUCAAUCGGCCUAAUGUAAAUAUCAACACAAACAUUUUCUGCAUGUUAAUACAUUUAUUUCAGUGUAUUUUACAGUCACUAUGAAUCUUAACUACUUUGUAAAGCAAAACAGGAAUUAUUGUUUCAAGUUACAUCAAUCAGAACCAUUGAAAUGUGCUACUUCUAUGUGGUUUUUUUUAAAAAAAGCUUUGACCAUAUUUGAGUUGUAUUAACAGUAAUUCUGAUGUUUAAACAACAAAUAUUUAAGAACUGACACAAAUAUUUUGCAAAUGCAAGUUACAUUAUGUUUCCUGAGCAAUAGCACAACCAGUUUUUUCUUGUAUAGCUAAGCAUUCAAGAAAAGUAAAUGACCCACCUAUCUUCCUUUAUAUAUUGGAUGUCUAUAAUUCUAAGUUUCAAGUGAUGUAUGUUUUGUAACUUAUUUCAUAGCUUUCAUUAUAUAAUUGGUUAACAAGCUCCCAUUUUAAACUAACUCCCAUCUAGAGCAUAUUGAAUGUGAGCAUAGCAAAAACACAACCAGCAAUUACAUAGACAACUAUUACUGUCAUUGUAUUCACAUUGAUGGUUAAAGAAGAGUCUGCCCUAAUCCAAUGUCCUUGUCAUAUGUUUGAUUUUCUAUAAUCCAAAAUUAACCUGUCUUAAAGUCA